CCCAGAGUCAUUUUUGCCCUAACCCUAAUGUCCUCCUCUUUCUUCGCCUCCUCACUCCUAUCUCCUCCGUCGGCUGAAAAACAUUUCCUCUGAGUUCCGUUUAUCUUCGAUUUCCGACAUGUUCUCCGUCGCUUUUCUUCAUUUUCCCGUCGUCUUUGUCUAGUUCCAUUUAUUUCUACUUGAAUCUCCGUCGAUUUCCUUCGCUUUCGUCUCGAAUCAUCGUUGUUUCCCUUCGUUUAAAAGCCGGAUCGAUUCAUUGAUUUUUCUCUCAGGUCCAUUGCCGUCGUCUCCGUCUUCGUUGAGCUGAUACGAAGAUGCUGACGGGUGAUAUACCGCCAAAUCAGACAAUCUACAUCAAAAACCUCAAUGAGAAGAUCAAUAAAGAGGAAUUCAAGAGAUCUCUUUACUGUUUAUUCUCUCAGUUUGGGAGGAUAAUUGACGUGGUCGCGUUGAAAACUCCAAAGCUCCGGGGACAAGCAUGGGUUGUAUUUACUGAAGUCACAGCUGCCAGUAAUGCUGUUCGGCAGAUGCAAAACUUUCCAUUCUAUGAUAAGCCAAUGAGGAUACAAUACGCUAAAACUAAAUCAGAUUCCGUUGCUAAAGCCGAGGGUACUUUUGUUCCAAGAGACAAGAAGAAGAAGCAAGAAGAGAAAGCUGACAAGAAGCGACGUGCUGAAGAAACUCAACAAUCAAGCAUGCCUAACGGUGCAAAUUCUCAGAAUGGAGGCCGCACACCUUCGUUCCAGCCGAAUGGGCAAGAAUCGGCUGCACCAAACAACAUACUCUUCGUUCAGAAUCUUCCGGCCGAGACGACAAGUAUGAUGCUUCAGCUGCUCUUCAAACAGUACCCGGGAUUCAAGGAGAUAAGAAUGAUCGAAGCGAAACCGGGGAUUGCGUUUGUGGAGUAUGAGGACGAUGUUCAGUCGUCCAUGGCCAUGCAAGCUCUUCAGGGUUUCAAGAUCACUCCCCAGAACCCAAUGGUCAUCUCUUUCGCCAAGAAGUGAGACCAAACCAGGGUUUCGUCCAUGGCCUGCUGGUUGUAGUGAUUAUGGAUUAAGCAGCUUGUGUAUUAACUCUGCCCUGUUUGGUUUGCGUAGCGAUUAAGCUGUUAUAUUUUCAAACAGACAAACUAGAGAACUGAUCAGAAGUCUUAUCUGUUUGAACCAGGCUGAAUCAGAAAAAACCGAUCCAUUCCAUUUGGUUAACGGUUUGACUGGUAGGAACCCAAACGGUCGGUACACUAGAUUGGCC